GAGGACGACCCUCCCCGGGAGGCCGCGGACGGCCGAGGCCCAGACCAUCUUCAAGAAAGCAACGCACUUCUGAUUUCUGAGACCAAAACGGGAGAAACUUCAGGAAAUGAAAGGCUUGAGUCUCAUGUGGGAGAACGGAGAGUCCAAAAAGGACAAGAGACCCCUGCUAAAGCGGCCACACAGUUUGCAGAGAAGCUGCCAUCUAACAGCCCGCACUCGGACAGAGCUAAGAAGAGGAACCAGGCACAGCUGGACACUCAGGCCCCCGCUGGCCACGAGCACCGGGAAAUGGUGUCUAGGCACUCGUCCUGGGGGGAUGUGGGUUUGGGUGGAACCCUGGAGGCUUCUGGGGUCAGCCUAAGCCGAGACAUGCACGGCAGCAGAGGCAAUUUUGUGGAUGGGAAAAGAACAGGUACGGCCAACCCGUCCUCGGAGUCCGAGCAAGUCAGCGUCAGAUUCCAGGUGCACUACCUCACCAGCUCAGAUGCGCAGCUCGUUGCAGUCACUGGAGACCACGAGAGCCUGGGCAAGUGGGACGCUUACGUCCCGCUCCGCCCACACAAGGACGGGCUGUGGGCUCACGCUGUCCUGCUGCCGGCAGAUUCGGUGGUGCAGUGGAAGUUUGUGCUGGUGGAGAACGGGGGCGUCGCACGCUGGGAAGAGUGCAGCAACAGACGCCUGGCGACUGGCCACGAGGACAAGGUGGUUCACGGGUGGUGGGGGGUGCACUGACGCCGCCCGCACAGUGUUGAGAGGCCGCAGCAGAAAGUGGAGGAGGGUGAGGUUGUGCAGCACAUUGAGUAAUUUACAAUAAAGGCAGCGCGCCUUUCCCAUCAGCUGCUGCAAAUUCA